GUGGAAGGCUUCAUUUAUUAUGAUGGUGGACAUCGUUUUUCCGCCAGACACAACUGAUGACAAUUUAACCUCAUAAAUUGCACAUUUCUUUCCUUUCAAUUUUUAUUAUGAUAUUUUACUGUUUAAUGAUUAUAUAGAAUUGAUAUGAAGGGAAUAUUUUGGAUAUAAGCGGGAGACAGGCGUGAGAAAAACAAACGCCUCCCCCCAUUUGCAGUUGGUACUGUCCGGUUGUAGUCGCCCAGCAGUCCGUCUGUGAGAAGCAGCCGGAUCGAUACACAAGAACCUGCUUCCUCAGUGCCAUCGAUCCGUGUGGCAGGUGUCGGGCUGUGCAGGUGUGUUGGAGGCUGUCCCUGCUGUCUCGUCCCCCUUCCUCUCAUCUACCUGUCGUAGAAACAUGCUUCGCGUGCGGGCGGCUGUGUGCCAGUCUUGGAGGGGGUAGGUACCCACUGACGCUUCACAUGAGCGGGCACGAGACUCCUUCACCCCCGGGGUGACUUUUCGGCAUGUCAGGGAGGAGCUAAUGCUAAUGCUAAGCUAAGACACCCCGUCUUAGUGUCAGGAGGACUUUAUUUUGGUUUUAGCUCUUCAUUCUGUUUUAAUAAGGAAUGCUGUAAACAUUGUCAGCAGGGUAAUUACCUCACUGGUUAUGUAAUGACACCUAAGCUGUGAGCCUAACUUCACUGUGUCUCACUCUGGUUUCCAAACACUCUUAAAUAACAUUCAGUUUUUCUCAGUUUUUGUCUUUAAAUGCCUUGAAUACCCGGAAGUAAUCUGUCAUUGUUGAAAGCCUAUCAGUCUUCUAUCAAACCCAUGCGCUGUUAUGUGAAAAUCCUCCUUUUUUGUUGAUUCUAACAGCUAAAUAAUUAAUGAGAGUUUUUGUUGCUCUGGUAGUACUUGUUGUGGAAGAAGAAGGAGAGACUGGGAACAGCUGUACCACUUCUUUUCCUUUUUUUCAUAGCCUUCAUCACAGUUGUACCAAAUCCCUCAAAGUUAGGCUUAGACACCCCCUCGAGAGAUAAUGUUGCUGACCGCUUGGAAGAUCAUAAAUGUUUUUCCUUGAGCUGCGUCACCCCGCAGCAGUCCAUAAUGGACUGGUCUGAGGUCUUGCUAUAAACAAGCGGCUGCUGGAGGAGAGAAAGUGAGUUGUGUUUAGUCUCUUUGCUAAAGAAAUCAGGCAAAGUUAAAAAGAUGUUUGGUGGCUAGUGCUGUGGCUAGGACCCUAUAUGUACUGUUGAUGAAGUUAGGUGCUGUUCUGAGCAUUAUAUGUGGCUAUAGAGUGGCUUUUUGGUUGAGGGCGUGCCUCUCUGUAUCCUGCGGUCAUUACUUAAGUUGGUAUAACUAGAGAAGCAAGCAGUCGGCAACAUUCAUCUCUCGAGGUGUGUCUAACUUGGUGUUAGGGUGUGUUUGACCCUAACUUAAUUUUACGCCGUAAUACCCCUUUAAGGUUGCUGUGUAGGGGGCAGUUUCCCACAGAUUAUGUGUGAAGACUAUGAGAUGUGAGAAUGCAGCGGGUAAGACUCAGGAAAAUUCACAUCUGAGUGGGCGAGGUUGGGCUGUGAGGAAAUUGCCUCAGCAGUGAUUCAGGGUGACUCAAUCUCACAGUAUGCAGUAUUAUUGCACAGGCCUGUUCGUCUGUGAUUAGUGAAUUAUUGGCAUUAUUUGUUAUUGACUAUAAACAUGGGUGUUUGUUUUAAAAUUAUGAUUAAAAACUUUAAUUGUGUUUCAGUUUUCUCCCACGUUGUCGUUAGCCUACUUGAUAUCCCUGCAGGAACUCAGCACUGUGACUGCAGACAGUAUCUACAACAGUGUCAGAAUCUUUGAAAAUAGACUGAAUCCCUUCACUAGCAGCAUUUACACUCAAGUUUCCCUCAAAUAUUACAGACAAAUUGUGUGAGAUUAUACAGUUUUUGUAGAUUUAAUCAGUGGCUCUUUAUGGAUAUAAUGCAUUUGAAUGAAAUCUUUUACUGCCUACCUUUUUCUAUCAAGAUAUUUUGCUGCCAAAUUUACACUUUGCUUCAUGUAAAUUAGGUGAUAAUUUUUCAUUGGCUGGAGGUUGAAAUGUUCCCAGAGGAGCGGACAUAGAGACAGACCUGCUGUGACAUAAUCAGUAUUAGCAUUGGCCAUUCAAAAAAAGAUUACCGUCAACUAUCAUCUUUAUCUCAUCUUUAUAGUUUAUCGUUUCCCACUGAGUUUCUAAUGUUAAUCCUGAUUUGCAAAAUAACUUCAACCUUUCCUCUUCAGAUGGAGCACAGUAGAAGUAAAAAAUACAUAAAGAGGACAGAGAAAAACCAGAGAACAAUUUAAAAAGUGCACAGACGGUGACCCUGAAGUAGACCUGUGAUUAACCUUAUAUUAGACUGUUGUUUCAGACCAAUAGCUGGUCAGACAGCUGCCCCUUUAAGAGUCAACAAACGAAAACACUCACAUGAUGUGGCAGCUGUAUUCGGAGUAAUAAAGGGUGUGUGUGAGGAUUUACAGGGUCAGACUUUCUGAGGUGGGUGGUUGUACUUUAUCAAACCUUAAUUAAUCUGUAACAGCAGCAGGUUAUUCGGGUGCUUGACUGAGAUAAUACUAAUAGUGUUAAAAACUAUUACCUAAAAACAAACAAAAGGCCCACAAUAUGAAUUCAACACUAGAAUUUGUCCAGAUAUUACAAGUUUUAAAUAUCCAGUGAGGUAGAUGAGAGUAUGGAUGUGGGAAAACUUGUGGAAAGUGCAAAAAAAAAUCCUCAGAAACUCUGAUUUUGAGGAGGAGUAAUUCUAUUCUUUUCUUUGACAGCUGUCAAAACUCAAGUACUUCAAAAUUCCUUACAUUUCCAGAUGUUUAUUAUGCUUCACUUUGGGUGUCCGGACUACAAAAGCAUGAGAGGAGUUCAGUUUGCAUCUGAAUCGGAGCCCUGUAUAUAGAGAAAAAAACACAGCUCUCGUGGAGGUUUAGGAAUGUUUUAGAGUAGAUUUUAUAACUGUGAGAACUCCAAUCAUGCCACCAGCUGCCUCCCCACCUGCACUAUCACCAACCCAGUGACCUUCAGUUUAUUAAGUUUAGACUUUGGUGGUUAAUCAUGAAUGAAAAGAAAAGCUGCCAAAGAUCCUGCUGUGUUUUUUUCACUGAGCUGGAUAAAUCUGAAAAAAGAAAGGUCUGAAUCAGGUCUGAAAACAGCUUUUAAUAGUUAUCUUCAGGAACAGGGGGCAGCUGUUUUGUCUGACUGGCACUCUCAAACCCAAAUAUAUGAUGUUUACCAUCACAAUCUGAAGACAAGACACUCUGAGACACUUAAAUUCAGAGUUUAAACCAGAGGAAUGAACUGAAGUGACUGAUUUUAAUGGAAAUUUAGACUCAGAGCAGCCAAUUGGUAUAAAGCUCAGAAAUCUCUGAUGGACAGUCUGAACUGAACGCUAUUUAUGUAACACGGGUGAACACAGGGUCACAGAAUCUAAACAGUGUCAAAGUGGUUAGCAGAAUGUGGCUAACACUAGCAGAGCUGGCACCACCAGCCUUCAGUCCUCAUUGCGGCUCAACAUCCACAUGCCUGUGCUGGUAAAUCAUUGCUCCUUAUGAGUGGUUGUAUGCCAGUUUAACCAGACUCAGCCUUCACACAACAUUAUCUCUAUUUUAGGAUAAAAGUGUGGCAGUAGUAUUUCACUAGAGCUGCAGCCACAGUGCUACAGAGGGUGGCUGUGCUGCAGCUUAAAGAUAUUUGUCUGUGUUUUUUUUUUGUUUUGACUGACUUGUAAGUGUAGUGCAGUAAUAAAAAGGGAGCUGGUGGUCUGCCGCUGAGUUUGUUCUUCGAUGGUUUUUAUGUGGCUUGAAUGUUAAAAUUUUGUAAAACAACAAAUUACUAACUCACUGAGGUAGUGAUGGAGCUGUAGCAAUGACUGCUUUGCUAUUGGAGUACAGAGAGUGAUGUAAAGGGUAAAAAAAGGAUCUUACUAUAUAAACAAAGCGCUCUCUCUCUCUCUCUCUCUGCAGGGAUCUUUCCUGUAGUGUUGUCAAAUUCUUCAAACAAAAGUCCUUAAGGCCUCAUACUCUCACUGGGUAUGUUUGCCUUCGAGGACUUUAGAGCAGCAACUGCAGCCUGUUUUACGUCAGCCGUCUGAAGUUGUUUGACCGAGCAAUUUAAAACCAGUUGAACUUGUUUGUCCCUGAUUUGCCCCCAAAAUAUGCAGAAAUGUAGCCCAGGUUUUCACUGAAAAGAAUUCCCUUUUGAUCCAAAAAGUUAUGUGUUGUUCUGGACUGUAGUGGACAUGCAGCCCUAAAAUAUGACUACGCCAGUUUCUCUCUAGACUUUGUGUCUGUUAAACUGCUGAUCUAGUUGUAUUUGGGUAAAGCCAAAAUAUCUGGGACAGCAUGCGUGUGUAUCGAGCUCAAACCAGUUUUUGGAGCUCCUGAUUAUUCAUUAAAAGAGUUCAAAAUCCUCCAAACCUUGGCAGAGGUUAUCCUGGCCUCUUUCAGCUAGCCCAGGUCAAAGGCUCCCGCUGAUCAGCUGUUUUUUCUGCGCUCUGCAUGAACAGAAAUAAGAGAUUCAUUAAAAAAAACAUUUGUUCUCUGUGUGUUUGAAGGUUUAAAUCGUUCCCCUGUGCUGCUGUGGAGGUGAAAAAUGAGCCGAUCCUGGGCUUCAAAGAGGGCAGUGCAGAGAGGAAAGAGCUGCUGAAGGUUUGAGCCUGAGUGUUUUUACCAAACAGACACAUUUAUCGUCUUUAAUCCAUCCGUUAUAUUGAGUUAUACUGUAACUGAUGUUCAAUUGUUUCAGGCGCUGGACAGUCUGAAGGGGACGACAGAGGAGAUCCCAUGUGUUGUUGGGGAUGAACAAGUGUGGACCAAAGACAUCAGAUAUCAGUUAUCUGUGAGUAAAGUCAACAGAGUCUGCUGAAAUCUGAGUAAACGAUUGCUCCACAUGGACAUUUUUCAAACUAACAUCAGUAUUUAAACAUUUAAUUUACAAAGCAUUAAGAGUGCAAAGUAUUGCUGUGAAUCAUUUACAUUUGAAGCUUCUUUAUUUCAUUGUUACAGAAAGUAAAUGUAUACUAACUUUCUCUUUUUUUGUCUUUUUAAAGCCGUUCAAUCACUCACACAAAGUGGCAAAGUUCUGUUAUGCAGACAAGGUAAGCAUCGGGCUGAAAAAGUCCUUUAUGUUUAAAUAAAUCCACUGAAACACAAAACUUAAAACGACUCAUCCAAUUUUUAAAAAAUGUGAGUGAUUGCUGUUUUGUGUGACAAAACUGAAAACCAUCAACUACUUUUAGAUGUUGUGUUUACAUAAAAGAUUUAAAAACCUUUAAAAGCCUUGUCUGUGUGAUCCACUUGUUUCUGUACCUCUACCAGAACGUCUCAGUGAAAUACCUUCAUACUCCUGCCAUGCUCAGGUUUAGCGUGGACUCACCUUUUGGAAAUAAAAGUCAGGAUGUAUCAGGAUAAGAGUAUUAAUGGGUGGUUCAGACAUCGACACAGUGGAAGAAAUGAAAUUUCUUGGUGUGACAUUAGACCAUACACUUUUACAAAUGUCAUUUAAAAUACCUCCAGUCUAAAAACAAUAAAACAUCUCUGUGCCACACACGGCUACAUAUGAACUGGACCGAAAGCCAUUAAAAGGAGUUACUGUGCAGAGUUUCGGGGGUAAACGUAUGAUGUUGAUUUAAAAAAGAGCAAUAAGGAUAAAAACACAAAACAUCUCCAAGAGAACACACCAACAAAUUAUCUUUAAAAUCACACUUUCUUAAACUUCAGGAUCUGAUAGAUGAGAAAAUGUCCAGUGUGGGUCAUGACCUGAUCAUUUACAGAAUAUGUGGAGCUCAGGAGAAAACAAAACAUCUUUCAUGUCUUUUCUUUUUCUUUCUCUUCUUUUCAAAUGUUUUUUUUUUUGUUUUUACUUCACACUCAUUUAUAUGUGCACGUGAACCUAUAAAGAACCACUGUGGUCUUCCCUCACUGCAGGAAGUGAAUAUUUUUAUUUCGCACUAGUUUAGGACGGUCCUGCUUUGGUUUUUGAGACAGAAAGGUUAAUAUUGCAUCGUCUUACUCGCUGAAGCCCCUGCCAACAUCUUUUUAUUCUUUGAAUGUGACCGAUUCAGGAGCUCAUCAACAAAGCGAUCCUGGCGUCUGUGGCGGCCAGGAAAGAGUGGGACCUGAAGCCCGUCCAGGACAGAGCACAGGUCCUCUUCAAGGCGGCCGAUGUCAUCGGCAGACCCAAGAGGGCAGAAAUCCUCGCCAAGACCAUGAUUGGACAGGUAGAGGGAAUGUAGCAGGGGGAAAAUGUUAGAUUUGUUUUUCAUGGAUUUGUUUUUAAGCUCAGUAGAAAUUCAGAUUUGAAAACUUUGGUUGCUGACAGACUGUUUUUUAAAAACUACAUUAGAGAGCGUUAAGGAGGAAUUGUUCACAUCGAAAGAGAGGGAUUCCUUUCUCAAUACCAUUUAACAAACUUCCACGUAGAAUAAAAUCUGUUGAUGGUGUAUGUACACUUCUCAUUCCUCUUGAAAUUCGUGUUUUACUUCUAUUCUGUCUGAAUUAGGCGAACCUGAGCUUCCAUCUCUGUGUUUCAGGGUAAGACGGUGGUUCAGGCUGAGAUCGAUGCAGCUGCAGAGCUCAUCGACUUCUUCAGAUUUAACGCCAAACACGCCAUCGAGCUGGAGAAACAGCAGCCGUUAGACGCCGAAGGAAGCACCAACACAAUGCUGUACCGCGGACUGGAGGUAAAAACAAGAAGUAACACACGACAGCUUCAAGAACUGCUCACUUCUCCUGAUUUUUACUGUAAAAAUCUCCGUGUGUUUAUUAAAGAAAUCCUUUAGACUUCUUAAAAUCAGAAUCUCUGGAUCACAUCAAGUGACCCCACAGUGCACAUUGUCAAAAAGGUUGUUCUCAUUAUAUUAUUUGUUUUAGAAUUGGUUGCCUGUUUCUUUAUUCUCAUACCUGGUGUGCGUUAACCUGUGUGUUCACCUUUUCUCUCAGGGCUUUGUAGCAGCUGUGGCUCCCUUUAACUUUACUGCUAUUGGUGGAAACCUGGCAGGUACUCCAGCUCUGAUGGUGAGUGUGAAAGAGAUAUUUUGUUCUCAUGAACUGAAAACAUUUUCCCCAGUCAAUACAGCUUCCUCCCUUGAGCAUUACUCUAUGAUUUCUCUCAACACAAAGGGUCUAAAUUGUCAAAAUAUGCUGAAAUCUAACCUAAUAACAAAACUUCAUAUUAAGAGGCCAUUGAGUCUUAACAAAACUUCUUUCUUUUUAUGUGAAAUUACUACUUUAGUUAUGAAGUAAAACAUUUUUUCUUAUGUGAUGCCUUUAAUCUUGGAACGAAACUUCUCAUGACUACAGGAUGUCUUUUCUGUGUUAUAGAAUGACCUAAAUCUCAUAUCAAAAUGGUAUUUUCUUCAUAUAAUAACGACUUUGUCAGUUGACUCAAUAAAUCAAUGAAAUGACCUGAUUCCGCAACAAAGCGUCAUUUUUAUUCACAAUAUAAUGACUUGAAUCAUAUGAAUACAGGAUGUUUUAUCUUGUAAUAUAAUGACUUCAAUCUUGUAAUGAUUGACUUUUAUCUAAUGUAACCUGAAUGAAUAUAAAAAUCCCUGAUGGGCUGACAUGGUGCCUAGCUCUGUGACUCUUUCAAACGACGGUAUUGCAGUAACCAGUCCACACUCACAGGGUUUCAAACUCUCAACUCAUCUUUAUUUAUAAAGCACUUGAAAACAACCACAGCCAAAACAAAGUGCUGUACAUAAAAAGACAAAAACAACUCAGACAUAAAAACAAUUGAUAACAAUAGAUACAACAAAGUAGAUAAUAAACACUAAAAUCAUUGUUUCAUUGUAUUUAAAAACAAAUUCAUAGACAUUUCAGAGUGUUUUGAAAUGAAUUGAUAUUUACAAACUUAAGCUUUAAAGGUACAGUCCUCCUUUAGUUCUGAGUCUGAGUCAUGGAAAAUCCAGCCCACAUGUAAUCAGAUCACUGCUGUGUUUUUCAGGGUAACGUCGUGCUGUGGAAGCCCAGUGACACCGCCAUGUCUGCCAGCUACGCGGUUUACAAAGUCUUGAGGGAGAGCGGUCUGCCUCCAAACAUUGUCCAGUUCCUGCCAGCUGAUGGUCCCGUGUUCGGGGACACUGUCACCUCCUCUCCGCACCUCGCUGGCGUCAACUUCACAGGCAGCGUCCCGUAAGGAGAUUUCUUUUAGUUUUCUGUACAGAAUUGACCCUGAUUCAAUUUAUUAAGAUGAGAAAUUUCAAUAUCGGGUGGUUUUUGGCCUCAUUUGGACAUGGCUGACAGCAGAAACUCAAGCAGCCUGUGUGACACCAACCUUUCACACAAUUUUCAAACAUAACUCUGUCCAUUGUCCAAACACGUUUCUUUUCAUCUUGUGUGUCUCUGAUGACAGCCUCCUCUGAAAAGAUCAACUUACAAAUCUAUAGUAAAUGUUUUACACCGACAGUAACACUACUAAAUACAAAGAAAAAUGUGUUUUUGUGUUUGACUUCAAGCAGCCAGAAGUUUGUAAGUGCUGUGCACAUUUCCAGAUUUAAUUUUGGCAUUUUUGAAUUCUUUCUCCUCUUCAUCCACUGCUCUGAGAGUAACUACAACACAUGUGAGGAUUUAUCCAAGUUCUUGCUCAAGGGUCCUGAUAAUGAAGAAAAAAAAACCGGCAUGAGCUUCAAACUCAUUCAGCAGGUGUAAAUAAUUUUGCAGUUUGAGAAAAGAGUUAUAUUUCUGACUUUUUGAGAGACUGUGGAACAAAAAAAAAAAAAGCUGGUGAAUUUCAAGCUUUGUUUUCAUACAAUUGCAAAAAUGACAAACAUGAAGUAGCAGCAGCAGUGAUACAUAAAAUCAUGACCCUGUGAGCCCAUGUAUAUGCAUAAACUGCUUAUUUUUCAUGAUUUUCAGGACAUUCAAGCGUCUCUGGAAGCAGGUGGCACAGAACCUGGACACCUACAGGACUUUCCCUCGACUAGCAGGAGGUGAGCAGAACUUCCAGAACCAGAUAAUCCUAAUUAAGCAGAACCAAGGACUCAUAAUACAAUGAUGGAUGCCAGAGUCUUUAUUUAUUUCUUGUAUACAGACUUUCAUGUUAUCUGUGAAGUGACCUUGAGUGUUGAGAAAAUGUAAAGAAUGAUCGCAAAAUCUGGAGAACAUUGACACUUCUCAAAUAUUUCCAGUCUUUUCUGCCUCUUCUCUUCAGUAACAACUAUACUGGCCUUCAUAUUAAAAUAACUGAUGAUGAAUUUGCGUCUGAAUGUUUCCAGAAUGUGGAGGGAAAAACUUCCACUUCAUCCAUAAAUCAGCGGAUGUUGAAAGCGUGGUGAAGGGGACCGUCCGCUCAGCAUUCGAGUACGGAGGUCAGAAGUGUUCGGCCUGCUCCAGGAUGUACGUACCCGACAGCCUGUGGCCGAGAAUCAAACAGGAGCUGCUGGACAUCCACAAAGACAUCAAAGUUGGAGACGUGAGUGUAAUACAGAAGAUCAAGGCGUUCAAACUUAACCAGUCCCUCCAAGUUUGAAACCAGGUCUUUAGCUUCUUUAGUUUUGCUGAUGAAUAGACAAAAACCUCAAUUAAGUCUUCAAUUUGACGCUGAGAUCAGAAAAAUGUCACCGUAAAGAAGCUAAAACCAAAAAAUACAAAACAUUUAGUGUCGUAAAUAAUGACCAGUUUCACUGCAGAUGAACUUUCUGAGGAUUUGCUCAUCAAGUAAAAAGUUUCAACUUCAUAUUUUAGCUGCAUAGAAGCUUUGUUGCUCUAUAAUCUGUGCACAUGGGCUUUGUAGUCUGAGUAAUACUGAUAUAGAUAUUUAGAUAUCAGCAGGCUUUGGUGUCUGCUGGAAAAAACAGUCUAUAUGGAGCAGUGUUGUUUUCAUUGACGAUGACUUUGACGAAAAUAUUUCAUCAUCGUCAACGAAAACAACACUGGUAUGGAGAGCAAAAACAGGCAGAUAAUAUGAGGAGGAUUUCUUUCUCUCUAAACAGAUACCUGCAUGAAGGUCAGUUAACAAUCUGUACCAGAUCAAACAUUUACACUGAGACACUAACCUGCUUGAUGCUGAGUCAGACUGUUGACACUGCAAACAUUAAUGUUGAUUCUGGUUAAUUGCUCAGGUCUGAUUCUUUUUCACCGUGUUUUAAGGAGUAAACGUGGUCACUGAAGUAAGCUCAGUCAAUGGUUUCAUGUUGACAUUGAUGUGAAGCAGGAGUCGGGAAAUUUUCAACAGAUGAUAGUGAGGAGGAGGAGGAGGAGGACAGAGAGAGUUUCUAAGAUGUCUGCCAUUGUGUUAAGUUUUUGAGUGUAAGUGGUCUCUGCCCUCAUCCAUCCCUCAAGUGCAAAACUGUGAAACUGAAAAGUACUGUCAGAGUCCACUCUGACCUCGCUCUUCAUACUGAGAUCACACUGCAAAAGAUCUGAUCCACAUAAAAAAAAAGACAAAGAACCAGUCCAAAAAUAAUGAACAAUAACCAAAGUUGAGCUUAUGUGUAACUUACUGUUUAUCUUGAAACUAAGACUUAAAACAAACACAUCAACAGUAAAGCAGUAAAGCCUCAUUGUUACUCAUUACUUUUAGUCAAAAUGGGACACACCACGAACAGAGAAAGCCGGUCAGAGGCCUCCAUGUAACUCAAUUUUUUUACUGUGAAACUGACAGAUGAACAUUUAGCCAGAGAGAAGACUCUGUGUGACUUACAUUAACAGUGAAACUAAGACUCACCACAAAUAGAUGAACAGUUAAACCAGAAUAAAGCCUCUGUGUAACUUCGUAUUAACAGUAAAGCGCAGACUCUACAUUGAAAGAUAAACACUUAGCCAGACUGAAACCUCUGUGUAGUUUACUAUUUACCUUGAAAGUGAUACUUACCACAGACAGAUGAAUGGUGAGCUGGAGUGAAGCUACUGUGAAACUUACUUUUUACAAUGAAACCAACUCACCCGAAAUGAACAGUAAGCCAGAGCAAAGCCUCAGUGUUAUUUAGUAAAUAAAGUUAAACUGAGACUCAACACAAACAAAUAAACUUCAAGCUAGAGUAAGGCCUCUGUUUAAUCUGGUAUGUACAGUGAAACUGAGACUCUGCAUUGUGAUGUUUAUUUAGGAAAACAUAAGCUUCAUUAACUGAAUCUAAAUGACAGGAAAGUAGGUUCACGUUCAGGUUGUUAGCAUUGAAGUCAGCCAGAGUGAAGCCUCUUGUGUUAGUAUUUACAGUGAAACUAAGACUCUCCACAAACAGCUGCACAGUUGGUCUUCUGAGAGAAACUAGAAAAGUCGGCGUUUAUUUUGCAGAGAUAUCUGGAAUGAUCUUAACACGGUCUCUUUGGACACCAAACAAUACAGAAGGAAGUCGAGGCUAUUCUAGGAAGUUGUCAAUCACUAAUUACUGGCAGCAGAAGCUUAAAAAAUGUUUCCAUUUUCUUCAGAGUCAGCUGGAUGACAACAAAGCAGACAGUGUUUAUUUCCUCUCUAAAGUGGGAGUCACAGCUUGAAAUGUUCAUGAGGAAAAUCUUUCUGAUGAUGUUUAUGUUUUUAAACUCUAAACUGAUUUUUCUUUUCUUUCUUUUCAGCCUGUAGAAAACUUCAACACCUUUUUCUCUGCUGUGAUCGACGAUAAGGUGAAGCUUCUUACACCUGUAGUCUAACUCCACCUUUUGAGUUUGCUGUUGAUGAACUUUGUUGUUGACUGCAUGUCUUCCUGUUUCCUCCUGCAGUCAUUUGCUCGGAUAAAGAAGUGGCUAAACCACGCCAAGUCCUCUCCUAAUCUAAAAAUCAUCGCUGGCGGUCACUGCGACGACAGUAAGGGUUACUUUGUUGAGCCGACCAUCGUAGAGACCACAGAUCCACAGGACGCCAUCAUGAAUGAGGUGUCCGACUUUUUCCAGCCAUUCACUCUUAAACUGACGAUGAAUCUGUAUUUUUCUGUAAAAACUGAAAUCUGUAAAUCUCUGUGUUGUUCAGGAGAUCUUCGGGCCUGUCCUGUCAGUUUAUGUUUAUCCUGAGAAUAAGUACAAAGAGGUCCUACAGCUGAUAGACAACACAUCCCCGUACGCCCUGACCGGAGCCGUAUACGCUCAGGACAAGUAAGAGCACAGAGUUCAAUCACUGUUUGAUUUAUAAGGUCUAAGAGUAUUUUUAAACUCACACACUUCCUGUUAUGUCCUGAAACCUUCAUCAUCUUUGGUUUUAUUGAUCUCAAACUUUAAAAAAGUCUCACCCGUGACAGAAAACUCACUUGUUAUGAAACAUGUUUACUUUCGUCUUCAUCACCACGAGACAUUACCUAGUGUGUUUGUGUUUCAGGACUGUGAUCGAUGAGGCAGCUACGGCCCUGAGAAACGCUGCAGGAAACUACUACGUCAACGAUAAAUCCACUGGCUCCAUCGUGGCUCAGCAGCCAUUUGGAGGCGCUAGAGCUUCAGGUAAGAGAGCUUUUUUUUCUUCCGAGGGUGAUCACUGAAGCUGAUUAAUGUUACUAAGAAGUUAUUAUUCCCUAACAGAUGAUAUAACAUGACAAACAUUGACAUGAAGUACUGACUCUUAAAAAAGGAAUCAAUUUAAAUAGUCAGACAGCAGAUGGAAAACACAGUUUAAUGAAAUAAUCUGAUGUUCGGUGAGUCUGGAGGAGCUGAUACUCUCAGAAAAAUGAUGAUACCAGAGGAUAAUAAUAAAGGCAAGGAGAGAAUGGGGAGGAAAAAAAUCAAUAAUUCAAUUCAUUUCCUAUAUUGUGUAGUUGGAUGCAGAGAUAUUUACUUUUUGUCAUGUGAUCUGGGAAAGUUUGUGUGAUGGGGAAGAAAUCUGCAGCUGUUGAAGGAAGAAAAAGCCAUUAAGGAAAAUAUGAUGAGAUGGAAUCAACUUGCAGGAGAGCUAUAAUUUGGACAAUCUGUCAUGAAACAAAGCCCAACUCCGUCUAUGCUGAUACUCAGUUUUACGGCUACUGGUUUGAGUGUAUAAAUAAAUGAAGAUACAGAAACAUGAAUGUUAUACUCUCGGAUGGUAGUGUGAAUGGAAGGGAAAAAAUCUCAAACAAGAUGUGAAUCCUCAAAAAUGAUGCUAACAUUUAUUAGGCCACAUCAAAAUAAGACAAAAAUGUCGAAUUAAUGAAACACUUUGCAAAAAUGUCCCCUGCAGAGGAAGAGAAAUGAAACAUUAGUCCAACAUAAGUUCAACAAACUGGCUCUCCUUUCAGCCUCACAUCUCAUGUGCCACAAAUAACCUAGACUGCUGAUUUUACUCAGCUUAUAUACUCUGCUACCUGCAGCUUCAAUCACAGCCUUACAGAAUUCAGGUGUGGCCACUCUCACCUGCAGACAAUCCAAGUGAGAGAAGCUGCAGCAAUAACAAAAGGGAAAAUGGAUCUGAAGACAGAACUACACACACCCUUGUGCAUUCAGAGCCAAAAACUCAAAUACAAGUUUAGAGUGAAAUGUAAACAUCAUAUGCAUUUAAUAUAUGCUUCAAACCAAUACUGCUUGGGUGCUAGAGGAAUGUGCACCUUCCUUUAGCCUUAACAAUGAUUUGUUAGGACUCUAUGGCCUCAUAACAAUGAAUAUGACCCCAAUUCAACUUCUCUACCUACCAAUGAAUUGUUGCAUAGUAAAAGUAACCAAGAAAAAAAAAACUAUUUUUUUAUAAGAAGAAAAACCAAACCCAGAAAGACUUAAACUAUUGUGUUUGCAUCUUGCACAGUUUUUGUCAGAUGUUGCCACUCAUCCCAGUUUAAGCACAUCCACCGCACAUGUUGUGCCUGAGAAAUGAAAGACAAUAAAUGUCUAACCUUGCACGACAGAAAGCGUCUGUUUUCCUGACUGGCACAGAUGUUUGUUGUCUUCAGAGGUUAGAUUGCCCUGUGACAAAACAAGAAAGUACAGUAUGUCGCAACCUGCUGGGGAUGACUCAGUGUCAAGCGUUGAAGUUUUAAUUUAGCAGCACAAUGAGGAGACAGAUUUAUGAUGGUGAUUUGGUUAACUAAGUUUAGCCCAAAUGCUCAGCAAAUGAAGAGGAUGUGCCACGACACUUGCCACUCAUUUACAGUAAGAUAUGAUUGGAAGAUGAAGCCACAGUUCUUAGUCCUGAUAGUUCGUGCAUCCCACCCGUCCCUGACCAUGAUGCUUUCUUUGAGUGAGUCAGGGAGGGUGGGAUACUUUUUCUGCAGGUCUGUGUUUCACUUUUUGUUUGUUAGAGCUGCUGAGAGCUCAGGUGUUCACCUGUCACCCCUCCACCUCUUCAAGGUACGAACGACAAACCCGGCGGCCCACACUACGUCCUCAGGUGGACGUCUCCUCAGGUGGUGAAGCAGACCCACGUCCCCCUCACAGACUGGAAGUACCCCUACAUGGGCUGAGAGCGAGUCCGGUCCUGCUGCUGCCUGCUUGUCCAAUCAGAGGCCCCCGUCCAUCAGCCCCACCCCUUCCUCCCUGUCUUUGCACUGAACCUGGAUGAAUGUGUCAGAGUGAGAGGGAGCAGAGUGAUGAGAGCGUCUUCCAUCAAGAAACCAGAGUUGCCUCGAUUCUCACAUCUCACCGUCUGCGCUCUUAUUCUGAAAGUUCGACUUGAUUACAGGAAAUACCUGAGUGAUUUUAAGGGAUGAUCUUUUUACUUUAGAUAUACAUAGUUUUAUUUUUAUCAGACUAAAAUUAAAGCCCCAACCCCGAGUUCUGAUGUGAAUUUACAAAUUAACAAAAUUAACAUUUUUAAAGGUGAACUGUGAACAUUUACAAAUAUCUCUGUUUUUAUCCGUCUUUGACUAAAAUAUCUCAGUCCCAGUUCUGCUUGAAAACAAAAGUUAUUUUAGGUCAAUUCUGUGUUUGUUACAUCUCUAAAAGCAUGUCAGCAAAUUUCUCCUGUUUGUUGGUUUAACCAUGAUAAGAAUAAAUGUAAAUAAUUGUGAGUGAAAGAGGUCGUUUCCUCUUCAAGUCUGAGUCCUGGUAGAUUUGAUCUUUUCUGCUGAGCAGUGAUCUGGACAGAAAAACUAACUGCACUAUGAGCUGAGUGUUCACCAUGAAACUCGCAUGAAGAUCUGAUGCAGAGGGUUUGAAGUUCUCUGGUGAAAUGUCAAAAGAUCUCCUCGCAUCAUGAAACUGCUGAUGACAAAAAUCUGCCGAUUUUGUCUGUUAUUACCAACCUUUAGUAUCAUAUUUUCUGAAGAGUAUUUUGUAUUUUCUUCUUGUGCUGUCCUCAAAGAUGCAGAUGGUUUAUUCUAUUUUCAGAACAUGCCUGCCUUAGUAACUCUGGAGAAUCAAGGUAGCUAAUUUUGACAAUAAAAUUAAAUUAUUUAAAUCAAAAUUUUGUUUUUUACCUUUUUUUUUGUCA